AAGUCUCUCCAGUGAAAAGAAAACCACGAGGAGGAGGGGACUGUGGUUUGCUGGAUUUAAAAGGACUACUUCCCAACCCUGAAGAGACAGAACCUCUAGUGGAGCAGCUGCUGGUCGCAUCUCUGUCCGAUCUGAACCUUUUCUCCAGACAGUCAGUCAGACCCUGAAAACAGCAACGAUGCCUCUUCGGGGUGUUUGUCAGAACAUCAUGAAUGCUCGUCAAAAGGAUGGCGGUUAUGGGACCUUCAACAACCCAGAGAUGCUCUUCCAGCAGAACUACCAGCAUCUGAAAGAGUACUGUCUAAUCAAAAACAUCACAUACAUCGAUGAGAUGUUCCCCCCGGACAACAUGUCCAUCGGGCUGGGGAAACUGGACCCAGAUUACUUGGCCCAAGUGAAGUGGCUGAGACCGUCGAAAAUUGUGGACAAUCCAUUCUUUGUGCUUGAUGGUGUCUCCAGGUUUGACUUUGGUCAAGGAACAGUUGGAAAUUGCUGGUUUCUUGCGUCUCUUGGAGCUCUGACUUUCCACAAAGACAUCUUCAAGCUGGUUGUUCCUCUGGACCAGACAUGCAUUGGAAAGGACUACUGUGGACUGUUUCAUUUCAGGUUCUGGAGAUUUGGGAAAUGGGUCGAUGUGAUAAUUGAUGACAAGCUGCCAACGGUCAAUGGGAAACCCAUCUUUGCUCGUUCCAGAGAUGAGUGUGAGUUCUGGCCCGCUUUGCUUGAGAAAGCCUACGCCAAGGUUUGUGGAUCUUAUGCGGACAUGAGUUCUGGGACUCCAGCAGAGGCCAUGAGGGACUUCACUGGUGGAGUCCACAUCUGUAUCCAGCUGUUAGAACCUUCUUCAGAUCUCUGGAAGCUGUUGUGCAGAGCCGGCCACUCCAAGACAUUCAUGAGCUGUUGCACUAUACCAAAAGAGGAAGCUACUACUGGCACCACGUUUCCAAACGGACUGGUCCCGGGCCAUGCCUAUACUGUGACAGGCCUGAAAGAGCUAAUAAACCAAGGAAAGGUUGUUAACUUGGUGCGUCUGUGGAACCCCUGGGGACAUGGAGAGUGGACUGGAGACUGGAGUGAUCUGUCUCCUCUGUGGAAAACUGUAAGUACAGAAGAUCGUGAAGCGUGCCUCUCUGUGGAAAAUGAUGGAGAGUUUUGGAUGAACAUGGAAGAUUGCUGUAAAUAUUACACCAACAUUGAAAUCUGUGGCAUGAGUCCUGACUUCCUUGAUGAAAACCCGGGUGGCCACUGGAAGACCUCCAUGUAUGAGAACCGCUGGGUUGCAGGAACCACAGCUGGAGGCUGCAUUAAAUACACAGAGACCUUCUGGACCAAUCCCCAGUAUCGGAUCAAGGUUAAUGGAAAACCAGACUCUACUCAAACUAAAAACAUCCUGGUGUCUCUCAUGCAAAAGCCUGACAAGAGGAACAGACGCAUGGUGCAAAACCUUUACAUUGGGUUGACCAUCUUUGAGGUCCCAGAAAAAGAUGGGACACAUACUGGAAAGUUCCCGGGAUCGUUUUUCAGCAGCCAAAAACUUGUUGCCCAAACUAGAAGGUUCAUGAAGUCCCGUGAAGUGAUGGAGUUCCUCACACUGCAGCCUGGAGAAUAUCUCAUUGUGCCGUCCACCGUAAACCCCAAUGAGACGGCAUCCUUCCUCCUGACCAUCUUCUCCCGGGAGGAGACCCAGUGCUAUGAAAACUCUGGACACAGUCGUAAUGAUCCAGUUGAAAAGGUGAAAAAGGAGAAGAAUGGACUGGAUGCUGAAAAUAAAAAACAGUUCUUCCGUCAGCACUCUGACAAGUAUGAAGAAGUUGAUGCUGAGCAGCUCCAGAGGCUUCUGAAUGAGAGGAUUCUGAAAGGUCUGAACAUUAACGAUAUUAAUUUACAGCUGAGAAACAUGUGGGUAAAAUAUAUUUCUGCUGUUUUUCUCCAUGCAGGUGACCUGAAAUCAGGAGGCUUCAGUAUUGAUGCAUGUCGCAGCAUGGUUGCUCUGAUGGAUGCAUCUGUUACUGGGAAGCUGAACAGUCAGGAGUUUGUGCAUCUGUGGAACAAGGUUAUGAAAUAUAAGGAAGUUUUCUCCAAAAUGGAUGUUUCACAAACAGGAACACUGUCUCUGAGAGAGUUGAGGAAUGCAUUCAGAGCUUCAGGUAUGAGUGUCAGUGAUGAAAUGCUCAACUUGAUGGCUGUUCGUUACGGCGCCUCCUCUGGACACAUGAGCUUGGAGAACUUCAUCAGCCUCGCCAUUCGCCUGGGCUGCAUGAACAAAAUCUUUGAAAAGCUGUCAGAUGGAAAAAGUGUCAAGUUUUUCAAGUCUGAGUGGAUGGUCGUCUCCAUGUACACCUGAACCCGCAGGGAAGAGGUCCACAUCCCAUCUGACCAUUCAAGACAGAAGAUUUUCAGAGAAAUAUUUUUUCUCCUUUGCAAAUAAAAGAUUAAUCAUUCUGUGACUAAGCCGUAAUCUAACACCUAAAGCUAACUACAAAUGGAAAGGAAACUUGCUGUUUUUUUAAAUACGAACUUUCUGAGGGGAUUUUUUUGGUGGGUUUACUUCAACUUGUGCUGUUUCAAAUUGUCUUUUCAAAUGCAGAGAUGUGAAUGGCAGGAGUGGUGGGAAUAAAGAUGAUUUUGACGAACAUAA